AUGGUGACCCAAAGUGACGGCAACCCUCCAGAGAAGGGGGUGUCGCCGCUGGUUGCUAACUACCCCGACACCCACGAUGCCGAAGCCAACCUCCAACCCAUCGAGGCCGACGAGAGCAAGCCUGCUGCACCACCCUCCGGUCUCUGGGGGCGCCUCAGUUACUAUGGCCACAAGGUCAUUGUAGCUGGUCGAGUUGAGCUUCAGGGAAUCUCACCCAUUCCAGUCAAGGAGAGGACAGUGACCAAGACGCUCAACAUUUUUACCUUGUGGUGGUCAAUGAGUUGCAACAUUCUCCCGAUUACCUUUGGCAUGCUAGGCCCAGUAUACGGCCUCAGCCUACGGGAUAGCUGCCUCGUUAUCCUCUUCUUUACUCUGCUGUCUACCAUCCCACCCGCUUACCUCUGCACUUGGGGUCCGAAGCUGGGUAUGAGACAGAUGAUUCAAGCUCGCUAUUCCUGGGGCCGCUACAUAGUCUCCCUCCCCGUCCUCCUCAACCUAGCCACCACAACCGGCUUCUCCGUCAUCAUCGUCAUCACCGGCGGCCAAUGUCUCUCCGCCGUCGCCAACGGCCACCUCUCCGUCAGCGUCGGCAUCGUCAUCAUGUCCAUCCUGACCCUCAUCAUCUCCUUCUGCGGCUUUACGACACUACACAUGUACGAGCGGUUUGCGUGGAUCCCCGCCCUCAUCGCCAUCAUCGUCGCCGUCGGCUGCGGCGGCAAAUACCUCCACUUGCAAAACCCUCCCGCCGACCCCCCAACCCCGCAGGGCGUGCUGAGUUUCGCCAUGCUCGUCGCUAGUUACAUGAUCCCCUGGGCCUGUUUGUCGUCGGAUUUUACGACUUACCUCGUGCCCUCCACCCCGUCGUGGAAGAUCUUCACGUACAGCUACACCGGCCUCGCGCUGCCCACUAUUCUCUUGAUGUGUCUCGGAGCCGCCAUCCAAGGCGCUAUCCCCUCCGUUCCCGAAUGGAGCGAGGCCUACAACCAGACGCUGGUGGGCGGUGUCUUGCAAGCCAUGCUCGCGCCCGCGGGUGGAUUCGGUCGGUUCCUGGUCGUCAUCUUGUCCUUUACUUUGCUGGGAAACCUAGCGGCGACUUCGUACUCCAUCACGCUCAACUUCCAGAUGUUGGCUCCCGUCUUGUUCAAAGUGCCCCGCUACCUGUUCGCCAUCAUCCUGGCUGCCAUCUUGAUCCCCGUGGGCAUCAAGGCUAGCGCCGAGUUCUUCGACAGCCUGGAGAACUUUGUGGGUCUGAUUGGGUACUGGUGCUCUGCGUUUUUGGGGGUCGUCAUGGUCGAUCAUUAUUGGGAGAAGAAGGGAGAUUUUGGGCGGUAUGAUUUGGAGGCUUGGAACGAUGCGAGCAAGUUGCCGUGGGGCGUGGCGGCGCUGACGGCGGCGGUGGCGAGCUUUGGGCUGGUGAUUCCUAGUAUGGAUCAGGUGUGGUAUCAGGGGCCGAUUGCGAGGACGACGGGCGAUUUGGGGUUUGAGUUUGCGUUUAUUGUGAGUGGGCUGCUUUAUGUGCCGUUGAGGAUGGUGGAGAAGAAGGUCAGUGGGCGAUGA